UUGGUCCAAGGCUGGUAAGAGACUUCCCCCCUGAGCAGGGCUGUAACGAGGCAGGGGCAUGCCACUCUCCCCUUUUCCUUUCCCUUCCCUCAGUCAUUUCCUUUCCUUUAUUCCCUUCCCCUCAUUGUAUUCCUCUCCCCUCCACUCCCCUUUUCAAGCUGUGUAUUCACCGCUACUAGCCACUCAUCAAAUUGAACCAUUGGAUGGUGAUGUCCUAAUGCCUGACAGUUUAUUAAUUCCACCUAGUCUAAUAAUCUUGAUUAUUCUUCUAUCCCUGAGGACAACAUUUUCUCAUGAGUAACUGGGGAUAUUUACCCAAAGGCCUUUUAGAAAAAGCCCAUUCUGUAAAUGUCAUAGUGUUGCAAUAUACACAAACUGCACAUUUCUAGACUUAUUAUUGUUGUAUAACGCAAUUUCCAUCAACAAUAGUAAUAACGACAACAACCCACCCAUUGCACACUGGAGGGCAGAAAUGGUUACUAAUGAUUAGUCAUAAUCUGCAUGGGAAAUGUGAGCGUAGGAAAUGUCAUACAUUACAGCAUCCCUGCGACAGCCAUUCGACGAUUACUGUGGCGGCGAAGCAGCGCAGCCCUGUAACAUCCCCCAGGCUAAUUUCUGCCGCUACUCCUCACAUCCUGUCACCUCUUAAUGAACACAGAGGCGCAUGUUCAGAUGCCCCCUCACUCCCUACAGCCCUGCCGGUCCCACUAACUUCUGACCUCUAACCUGUCACCUCUCUCCCAUGGGGUGUAACCAUGGAGACGGACAACCCUUGUAGAUUUUCUCUCCAAAAGAUAUUUGUAUUCUUUAACCCAUCAUCUCUGUGUAUCUCUCUCUGUCCUUUGCUUGUGUGAACUGAAAUUCGCCGGUUGUUGUUGUUGUUGUGGUUGUUGUUUUGGAGGGUUGACCGUUAAACCAGGUCGCAGUGUGGUGCCAGUGUUCACCUGUGGUUAACUUCCAUCUGUGGCUUCUCUCUGAUCCCCAUCAACCUAAUACCUAAUGUGUACUGCACUAACAUCGUAGCAACUGUGUCCACUGUCCGUCAUAUCGGGAGAGAAGGUAACAGUGUUUUUAUGUAAUGAAGUAAAAGUCAUUUUUUCACUCACUAGGCACUUGAAUCUAGCAAGCUAGCAAGGCCAUACCUUGAUCCCUCCGGGAACUGAGAGGACUCUAAGCUUAGACAUCCUGCUACCAGGCGUCUGUCUGAUAAACUGUCUAAUAAUUGGUCAUCUUUGAUAGACCUAGCUGUUGAGGGCUGUGUGUUAAAUUGCCUGGAGAAAGGAGGCAGGAGUAUGCUUAGGAACGCAGUGGAUAUAUGGAUUACUGUCUGAAAACCCCUGCCUAAAAAAUGAUGGCUGCUGAUCUCAGGAAACCAGACUUUAGUGCUUUUGUCUUGAGAAGUUUUUUAAGAAACCCUCAAGGUUGUCAUUUAUUGUCCAUAAAGCUGUUUUUCAACAGGGACCUUCUUCACAAGUUUGUUUGUCUGUCCAGAGGUAAAAAAAAAAAUAGAUGAACCUUUCACUGCAGUAACAGUAAAAGAGCUGUUUUAUCAGUAGUCUGUGAACUAGUAACAACACUGCCAUUCAAUUAAAAUAAGAACAGGGGGCGACCUCCUGGCACUAAAUAUGCCGUUAAAACUAACAUAUAGGAAAUCAUUUCCUGCUUGAGAUUCUCUCGUGAUCAGCAGCUUUCAAUCUCUGUAAUGAUAAUGGGCCUCAUUUAUCAAACAGGUUACUUACCCUGCACAAUCAAUCUCUGUGUUUAAGGAUUAUUGUAUUGGAGGUUCAAUACUGUCAUUUUUCAAUAUUGUAUAAUGUUAUAUAUUUGAUGAUUUCAUGACACAAUCUUGAAAAAGUGGUCAUGGUGAAUUGACUCACCAUUUUUUUAAUUUACUCAAGUUGGGUGGAUUAUUUUGGCCUUAUAUUAUAAUUUAUUUAAUCAAGCUUUGAGAUGAAAAACUGUGAAAUAUGUGGCUAUAAUGCUUUUGUAAAUAAUUUCUACUCUCAGUCAGAAACAGGAUUGAUAUCUCAAUGCAAUAUUCCUUUAACUACUCUUGUGAUUCCUGGUCCCAUUUAUUUACGUGUCCCUUUUAAUAAAGAGUAAAGAUGAUCCCCUUGCAUUGGCUCGAUAAAUGAGGCCCAUGUCUUGAGUGUUGAUCGUUGCUUCAGCAGUGUCAUCCAUGCUGUAGUUUUUUGAUUGAUGACUUAUCCACAUGCACUGCCAGGUCAGUCGGUCAGAAUUAAAUGUGAAAGGUGACCUUCAAAGGGACAUGAUGCAAGUGUAGCAACCCCCUGAUCCCAUGUGUGCACACUAGUCGACAACGUCUCCUGUGCCUCCUAUUUUGUGUCUCCGGGAACAGGAGCACCAUGCAUAUUAAUUAAAUGUAGUCAUGUCACCAGAGGGCACUACUGUGCUUUAUUUUUGAUCAUCACUGAUUUCAGAGUAGACAUGACAUUUCAAACCUUUAACCAGUUUUCAGAGGAAGUCUGAAAUGACAACUGCUCCUAAGUAUGAGUACUGAUUCAUUUCUGUGCCUUUUACUCUUUUUGGAGGUCUGUAUGAAAAGAAUGUGCCUUAUGAUCUUUUCCCUUGUGUGGUGCAGGUAUUUCACUACUUCCUGUUUACCCUUCUUGAUGCUAAGUGGUGAUCAAAUGACAAGUAGAGCUUUCAAAAAUGAAAUAGUACACAGUAGGAUCUAAAAAUAGGUGUGAUCGAUGUUUUACAGGAACAAAUGCACUUGUAUUUAACUAAAUGUCACUUUGGAUGACUGCCCAAAUUAGUUGAUUAUUUGCUCAUGAGGCACUUCAGUACAAGCCGUCCCCCCGUUGCUCUAAGUUGCUACCAUUGAAUUGCCUUGCGUAGUAGCACAUGUCAAGCCCCAAAUGCCUAAAUGAAUGAGAGAAUGAGAACUAAAUAACCCAAAUAGUCCACACAGUGUUGCCGCUAGUGAAUGCUGGCAGCUGUAGUAUUGGUCCUCCAGGCCCAAAGGAGUGAUUUUUUGCUGGUUUUCCACCCUCCACAGGCUCCCUAUAGAUUCUUUUCUCCUCCUCCUCUCCCUCAUCCCUCUAUUCCUCCACACUGGACUCAAGACCUUUUUAUUCACCUGUCUCUCACUUCGCCUGGAAAACCAGACCUUUGCCCUUACACACAUACUAUUGAUCUGUCUCACUUCCUUAGCCAUGUGGUUGCUCAAUCUAUUUUCCUGUGUGUGUGUUUUUGUGUCUGUCUUUCUCACACUCUUUGGUCUUUUUUUCCUCUGCCUUUCAUUAUUCUCCCUCUUCUAUACCCUCUGUCUGCUGAUGGACCUCCGCACCCUGUCUGUCUCUCUUAGUGGGGCAGUAUCAGGGGGUCAGAAAGGGGCAGCAACUGGGCAUGGGGAUGAUGGGGGGGGUCCUUAUCGCAGUGACAGCGUGAAGAGUAUGGUGACAGAGGGAGUGAAGGCCGGGAGGUGGCAGACCGUCCAGGGCCACAUGCAGUCCGGAGGAUUGAGACCCAGCGACUUUGGGGAUCCAGUCUUAUCCUAUGCAUCCACUUUGGAGCACAUACCCUCUGGGCCGGCCCGGCCUCGGACGCUGCUGCGCCAGCAGAGUCUUCAGCAGCCUCUCAUCCACCCAACAGGCCCUGGUCUCGGCCACCCCCCCACCACAUCCCAGAGUUUAGGACAAUUACAUACUGCACCUGGACAGCCUGGGGGAGGCGGGGCUGCUGGGAGAGGAGAGGGAGGUGGAAGCAGUGGUGAGGGUGGGGGUACAGGUACACGAGGCGGUCCCAGGGGUGCACGGGGCAACCUAGCAGGAGCAGGUGCCUCUCGCUAUAGGGGAGGUGGAACAGGAGGGCGUUCACGUGCCAAUCCUGGCAGCUGGGAUUACAUGAUGGACCAGAUCCGGAAUCGUGGCCUGGACGUCAAGUCCUUCCUUGAAGGGAAGAUGGUGGUCCUGGCUUUGGCCAUUGGUGUGGCAGAGCAAGAUGACUUUGCCAAUAUCCCUGACCUGCAGGAAACAGCUCAGGCAGCACCACCAGCCAAUCAGGAGCCCCCUCCUGAGAAGAGGGGCAACAAGCCAGCUAACAGCCCCAAGGGCCAGCCCCCUGAUGCUGAUGGCCACUCCUCCGUAACUGACCUGGCCAACUCUCUCACUGGAGACAUGGUGAUGCUGUCUCCAGGUUCGGAGGAUGAUGACGGUGAAGGGCCUAUCAGUGAGAAGCUGGGCCGGAUCCAGUUCAGCAUAGGCUAUAGCUUCCAGAACACAACCCUCACCGUCAAAGUUCUCAGGGGCCAGGAGCUCCCGGCCAAGGACUUCUCCGGGACAUCUGACCCCUUCGUCAAAAUCUACCUGCUGCCUGACAAGAAGCACAAGCUGGAGACCAAGAUCAAGAGGAAGAACCUCAACCCCCACUGGAACGAAACCUUUCUGUUUGAGGGCUUCCCUUAUGAGAAGGUGAGAGAGCGCACUCUAUACCUUCAGGUGUUGGACUACGACCGCUUCAGCAGGAAUGACCCUAUUGGAGAGGUGUCAAUUCCCCUUAACAAGGUGGAACUGGGCCAGAUAAAGACCUUCUGGAAGGAGCUCAAGCCCUGCAGUGAUGGCAGUGGGAGACGAGGAGACCUGCUGUUGUCUCUCUGCUAUAAUCCCACUGCCAACACCAUCACUGUGAACAUCAUCAAAGCACGCAAUCUCAAAGCCAUGGAUAUCGGGGGCACCUCAGAUCCAUAUGUGAAGGUGUGGUUGAUGCACAAGGACAAGCGUGUAGAGAAGAAAAAGACAGUGACAAUGAAGCGCUGUCUGAACCCCGUCUUCAACGAAUCCUUCCCCUUCGACGUGCCCGCCCAUGUGCUGAGAGAGACCACCAUCAUCAUCACCGUCAUGGACAAGGACAGGCUCAGCCGCAACGAUGUUAUCGGCAAGAUCUACCUAUCGUGGAAGAGUGGACCAGGGGAGGUGAAGCACUGGAAAGACAUGCUCGCUCGGCCACGUACUAACGUCGCCCAGUGGCACGCUCUCAAGGCCUGAUCGCACCGCCCAGCUUCCUCCAUGGCCCCUUUCCCGUCUCCUAUGCCCCCUCCUCACUCCCCUCUUCCCACUCCCGUCCUUAUGCACAAGACUGACUUGCUGCCAGGCUGCGAAACACGGGUACAAUUAGCCAUCUGCUCUCUUAAACCUUUAAACUCUUUUCUUUAAAAAUCUCUAUUUCUCUCCGACUCUUCUCUCUUCACCUGUUCCCUCCCCUUCAUACAGCCGUGUCUUAAUUUCUGUGUCUCCCCACUUUGCCAGUGGUCCCCCUGUUUCUGACUGUCUGUAUGUCUGUCUGUCCUUAUGCACUUUGCCUAUGGAGGUCUGAUAUUCAGUUUCUUUGUCGACCCCUUGGUUCUGAACUGCACUGCAACCUCUGACCCCAAUUAAGGUGCCAGUCCCGUGGGAUCACAGAGAAUAUUAAGUAACGAUCUAAUCAAAUAUAAUCCUAUUGUAUGACUAUUCCAGGUACACAAUACUAUACAGUAUGUACUAUAUGUACAUAUACAUAUUAAUGUAUUAGACGUAUAAAUUGGCAGAACUCCCCCUAUACACAUGACUAGUAUACAGUAUGUUAUCCAUAACCUGUCUGCUGUUUCCCAUCUUCUGUCUAUUCAUUUGUCGCCUUGUCCUUGUCAUCUGUCUCAAGUGUACUAUAUCCUCUCCCCAUUUCAGACCCUCUUUUUACUCAAAAGUGGUUGAAUGUUCAGCUGAAGUUGUCGAAAGCAAUCAAUAUUCGGUUUGUGAUGAAACCAGCUGAACUCAAGAUGGAAUUGUUGAUACUGCUGUCUCUUCUCUCCCUUGUCUUUUUUCUUCUCUAUACUCUUCUUUAUCUCUUUUUUCCUUAUUGUUCCCACUUUCUCGUUCUCUGGCACAAUAUUAUUGAACCCCCCUCCCCCCAAACACACACACACACUUUAUGGACCCCCACCCCCACUUGUCGUCUGUGUGAUGUGGGUGCUGUGCUGUAGCUCCAACAAAAAUAGAGAUUAAAAAAAUAAAUAAAUAAACUGAACUUUCCGACGCCGGGAAAGCGGGAACACAAUAAAACUUGUGAAAUGGAUCGCUCCUGAUUUUUCCAGACAAACAGCCCUGACAUGGAGAGAGAAAAAAGAAGAUGAAAAAAAAAUAACAAAACUCCACCAAACAAAUCCCCCGUGGUACGAUGAUGUCAUUUUUCACAGCAUCACCAACUGAGGAAACCAAUUUAAACCAUUUUUUCCAAUGUUAAGAUGAAAACAGAAGCUAAAGGCAAAGGUUGUGCUGUUUGUGUACAUGCAUUUGGUUGUGUGUGCACACUUCUGUCUGUUUAUUGAUGCUAUGAAUUCUUUGUGCUGCCCUGUGCUCCUGUUUUGUGCUGAUGGGGAUCGUUCUCCAGCAGUUUUGACUGUAUGGUGUGCUGCGUUAAUGUGUGCCUGUUUCUGCGUGUGUGUGCGUGGGUGUGUGUGUGUGUGUGUGUGUGGGUGUGUACACACAGGAGCAACACAAUUCAGACUCGGCAGAAAUCUUCUUCUCUUUUCUCUUUCUCAUCUUGUGCUCUUCUUGCUCUUCUUACUGCCAUUGUUUCCCCAUCCUCCUUUACUGCCCUGCCUUCUGAAGGAGGGCAUGGGGAGGUUCUAUCUGCACUUUUUGAAAAUGUAAUAACAAUAAUAAUGAUUAUGACAGUAUGUUAUUAAUGAUGAUUACAGUACUGGUGAAAAUUAAGGGAGGAGUAUCUGAAAGGGUGAGCAGCAGUUGGGGAGAGGAGACGUCUGCUCUGUGAUUUCAGGGUUUGGAGACGACGUGGAGGACGCAGAGGAUGGAUGUAGGGCUCUCAUCCUCCUCUUUUUGUUCUUCUUUGUUCUUCAGUGUACCUGCGUACGUGUGAGUGUGUGUGUGUUUGUAUGUCAGCUACCAGACUCCUAGUGGCAGGCUGCUAGUGUCUGAAAUGUCAGGCGUGGAUGGAGAGAUCAGGAUCGUCUGCUUGUCACAUGGAGGCAGUGCUAUUACUCAAUGUGUUCAAUCAACAGCAGGCAUGGUCAGAGCUCGUACCAAGAGUCUGGAUGAUUCUGUACGCGUCCAUGAUACUGACAAUAUGUGGAUAUCUGGAAACAGUAAGACAGAUCUGCACAUUGGCUUUAACGUUGAAAAAAAAAUAAGGUCACGAGGCCUUUUCUGAGUUUUUGUCAUUCACAGAAACUAUGAACGGCUGUGUAUCACAGACAGUUGGUGUGAUAUUAGAUGGCGGUCUGAUCUGCCACUGUGAGCUACUGUAGAAGCAGAUUAGACAUUAUCUCUUCCCUGAGUGCUUGAGAGCACCACAGAGUGUGCUGGUAGCUGCCAUGCUUGUCAGGCACAUUGAGCUCAGCUCGAUAUUUCUGUAACGUAAAUAUAACAGUCAUAACGCAGCAAUGUGAAUACUGUCAGCCAUUAAGAGCUGCUCACACAGACUCUUUCUCAGUGUACCCUCUACUGUAACUGUCUGUCUGUGUUUUUACAUUCAUAAAGUCCUGUGAAGCAUAAUCCUGUCAGAUAUUCAGGAUUUGUUUUGCCGGAGCAGCUCAUAAAUGAGGAUCCACCUUUCAAACAUCUAUCAGGUUAGACUGACUUAGCAAGAAAAUAUAUCAUACAAAUACAUAUAUAUAUGGGGGGGGGGUUAUUGUUGAAGCAUCACUGCUUCUGUCAAUGCAGCAUUUUUAGCUCCUACUAACUCUGGCCCAAUCAAAAUCCUUGUCUAAAAUACUAUGGGGCCUGCUGUGGAUUUUAUUUUCUCUUAUCAUGCAGUAAUUUCAUAACAUCUUAUGCUUUUGUGCUUGUUUUGAUUUAUGUUGAUGAUAACUUGAUCACCACUAGAAAGACUGAAAGAUUAUGUGAAUUGCAGUCUGAAACUACCAGGUUAGUCCUCCUCUAGUGUCUCUAUAAACCGGCCCGGAAAGCACACUGUGUUCUGGGCAGUGUGUUUCAUGUGGGACUCGGUGCUGGCUGCUGUGAUGCACUGAUCCAGUCCAGCACCCUUCAGAACAAUUGGCCAGCCGUGGAACAGGGCCCACUGUUUUGACAGCCACUGCCUGCAGUGUCACAGCACAUUACACUCCCAUUAGGUGGUCAGAAAGGAGCAAUAUCUGCUUCCUUGGACCUGAGGGACUCACUAUUUGCAGAGGUAAUACUUGCUAAGAAUAGUACAAAACAUGGAGCGCCCUCAUUAGUAACCAUGAAGAUGGACGGGGAUAAAGGCUCGUCAAUCAAAAUGAGAAAAAUAAUCAGUAGGCGAAGCUGUGAAAACCAAACGUGGUUUGAAUGUGCAGGUGUGCAGGUAAUGAGUCAACAUAAUACCUCAGCCAGUUCCUUUCACCAAGAAUCUAUGUUGCUCAAUGAGUGAUAAAUUGCUGUGCUACAGGGGUUUACAAAGCUUAGUCAUCAGAGACCCAGUAAACUAGGGGAGAUGGCUUUAUUUUUAGUAACAUGAGACAUUGUGUGACUCGGCUGAUCCUCGAAGGCAGACUGGAGGGCUACAGCGUUGGGCUUUAUAAAAAUUAUAACACUGAGUGCUUUAGAGCACAGACUACAUCUUAAGUGUAAAUCCAAUGCAUGAUAAAACAUUUUUUAAAGUAAGUUCUUGAAUAGGAUGUUCAUCAAAUAAUCAGCCAAAUAAUCAGCUUUUUUGUCUGCAACAGGCAACUGUUUUCAAAAUACCCACUGUAGACAAAGUUAGCAACUAGCUGGUGGACAUAAUGGAGAAUUUAUUAGUCGAUAAGUCCAUCUCCCCAUUAGUCUCUGUGAGCCCAAACAGAAGUAAUGCUUCAUUUUCUGUACCAGAUGUCUAAAACAUGUCAAAAGUUUAAAAUCAUGUUUAUAAGCAAACAGAAAAAUAAAAAUUAUUUUAGCAGGUAUCUAGGAUUUAUCUUAAUCUAUAUAGAUUAAAAGAGACUAUUUAUGCACGAGGUCACUAUUACCUCUAAAAAUGGCAAGAAAAUUAGAUUUACUUUAGGAAACACAGUGUAUCACUGUGGCAAAUAAUUCAUCCGAGUAUCCUGAAAGCUGCAGACUCCAUAAAAUAACCAGGAGUCCCAAACAUUAUGUUCUCUCAUCGCCAGCAGUCAAACAGCAGCCCCAUUAAAAUGGAUGGUAAGCUUAGAGCCAAACAGUAUAAAGGAGAAAGCAAUUUCCAAAUCCUAGUUUUAUUAUACUACCACCUGCCUCACACCUCUAAACAUAUCGUGUUUUGUUGGCACCAACACUGUCAGCAAUGACCUUCAACUAUCCUGAGCUCAUGAAUAUAGCAUAGCAGUGUUGCAGAUGCUCCCAGUCAAGACUUUUUUUCAGACUAACUCCACUCAGUGUACUCGCUCUCCUUGCGUUUUGUGUGUCUUUCAUCAGAGCUUCAUUCCCCAGCAAAGCCAACUGGUAGGUGCAGGUGUGGAUAAUUACUGUUUGAUUACUAAGGAUUAAUUCAAGAUGACAGACACUGCUAACUCUGCCCACAACUUUGCCACUGAAUAGAGGCUCUUAACGUCUUUUUUAUGAAAUUAAUAAAUUUUUUACCCAGUUUAUUUGAUGUGUCUCUUGUGAGUGUCCAUUCUAUUGGACGGUAUUGGAACACUUUCUAAUUUCUUUUCAGGUUUUAUUCAAUUCAAUUCAAUUCAGUUUUAUUUAUAUAGCGCCAAAUCACAACAACAGUUCUCUCACAGCGGUUUUAUGCAAAUUUUCUUUAAAAUUAACAGCCAGUUUGUGUUUUCAGGCACACUAGCUCCAUGGCUCUAGGGAUGGCAGUGGUAGUCUGUCAUUUGGUCCACCUCUUUGGUCCAGACUGAAAUAUCUCAAGGAGUAAUCACCCCUGAGGAUUCUGCACCAUUUUCUUUUCAUUUUUGUACAGACAAUCAUUUGCCCCAGGGGAUGAACUAUAAUAUCUUUAGAGAUCCUUUAACUCUUCAUCUAGCGUCAUCAUCAGGUCAAAACUUUAAUUUGUCCAACACUGCGGUUUAUGACUAAAUAUACGUAAUGACAUUCCCAUCAGUCUCAGCCGUACUUUAUGUUUAGUGCUAAUUGGCAAAUGUUAGCAUGCUAACACGCUAAAUUAAAGUGGUGUCCAAAGUCACCCCCUCAUUCACUCAUUCACUACUCCCUAUUAAGAGACACUCAGUAGUGAGCAGUAAAUUGAUGUUUCAGACUCUUAUAAUAAUUUUGAGUCAUCACUGACAGCUAUAUAAAGGUAAGUUUUGCAUUUAUAAAAUGCAGUGCACUAUAUUGUGGGAUUGUUAGCAGAAAAUAGUGGACAUGCCAUGGACUCAUUUUUUUUUUACCUCUGUGGACUUUUUCAGGGCACUAUAUAGCGGGUAAAUGUACACACACUGAAUAUUCGGACACUCAAAUGAAAUAGUGGUAGGUAAAUAUAGUGCACUAUAUAGUAAAUAUGGAGUAAUUUUGACCACAGCCAUGGUAAACAUUAGGCCUAUACCUGCUAAACAUCAGUAUGUUUGCAUUGUCACUGUGAUCAUAUUAGUAUGCUGACAUUAGCAUUUAGCUCCAAACCCUGCUGUGAUUAAGUAAAGCUUUGGUCUUGUUAUCAGUCUGUCCAGCUGGAUAUAGUGAAGGAGGAGAUCCAUCUCCUGGACUUUCAUCUUCUCUAAGGUGUUUUUUCAUGGGUGUGUUCUCCUAAAUGUAUCAUUGUCACCAGCAGCCUUCCCUUCUCAGUUUACUUUCUAAAUAACUGUAAGCUUUAUUGGCUGAAGAGGUCACACCUGUUUGCCAAGGGAUUAGCAAGAUAUUCUUCUGAGCCUGAUGCUAUUGUUUGUCCUUGUCAUACUCUCAGCCCCUUCCUUACUCUGUGACGCGAGUUAUCCUUGAUGGAUAUGGCGUUCUUAAGAUGAGCGUCAAUGACUCACUCUAUUGGAAAGGUGCCUGCUUUGCUGUAGUUUGUGCAAUAUUAAAUUAAGGGUACGUUGUGCUUUAUGUCUUGGGGAACUUCAGGUGUGUGUGUGUGGAUUAAUAUCAGGCUGUAGUAAUCUCAUCGUGGAGGGACUGCAGUUGAUGUUCUAUUCUGCUGAAUCAUAUUAUGAUGGCUGAGUCAGCCCAGAAGUCUUCAUGGUCACCUUUGUCAUUUGUCCAGUCAGCCCCUGUGUGAGUCUCGCCCUGCGCAGACGGACCUAGCCUCCCCCAACUCACCCUUUCAAUUGUUUUAAGCAUCUGGUGAAAACCAAUGUGACUUCUCCCAAUCAGGGUUCAAGUAAGCAUUAUGUGAAUGGUAACAAAAUGAAAAUGAAAAACAACAAGUAAUAAUAUCUUUUUUCUUUUCGUUCACAUUUGACUGUUGGUCAGUGUGUAUGUAAGUGCGUGCUUGGUGUUCUUGUGUUGGUUUUAUUUCUUUAUAAAAAUGUGAUAAGAAAAUCCUUCUGUUUUUGAAAACUUUAUGUAAAUAUCGUUGGUGAAAAUUAACAUUUGUUGUGCGCCGAGUUUUCAUUUGUCACUUGAAAUGAUGAAGAAAACAAUGAUAUUCAUGAAUAACAGUGGUGAUGUUGACGAUGCUGAAGCUGAUUAUACCUGCCCUUCUUGAAUAAGGGCUUUUGAUGUCCGAUGUAUUUUUGUUGGAGGUGUCGUGAGGUUGGGGCAAGAGAAACAAAGGGAAGGAGUGGUACCCAACACAUCCCAGGCCCACUGUAGCACACUGCCGCAUAGCUUUUAACCCCCUACAAAUUGUAGCCUGUGUUACUUUUGCCAUAAAACAUCAUUGUGUUUUUAUUACACACAUGAAAAACAGAGUGCUCCUUGGCUGUGUGAGAGGACCGUUUCGCCUCCCCUGUGGAGUCAGUCUGCCCCAGUCACUUGGCAUCAAAUCUCACCCUGUCUGCAUAUAGGCUUGAGGAUUUACUGUAAUGCCAUUGUGUUAGACAGGAUUGGCCCUGUACUGACAUUGAUGAUGCCUUCCUCAUUGAAUUUGGACUCAUUAUUGCUCUGCUGGAGGCCAUACAUGGGGAUGAGCAUGUAUGGAGGAGUGAGUGGAUUCCAAGCAUAAGGACACACAUCAUCCGUCUGACCCUGACAAUUGCAUGCUUGUGAUUCAGCCUCUUAUUUGGGUUUAGGACUCAUGAUUAAGCACAACUGACUGCAGUGAACUUGCCCCAUAAUAUGCUUGUCUCCUGCAUAGUCAGAUAUUUGUAAGAACUCCCAAACUCCAGCAAGAAAAGCCCCAGAUUAGUGCAAGAGCCAAACUAUAAACCGCCAUAUGGCAGAUGUUGUGGAAAUAACAGUUUUUAAUCAUUCAAGAAAAGUGAGGGAGAAUAAGAUUGAUUUUUCCAAAUGUCCAAAAUAUGCCCUGUGCCUUCUCAACACAUGUAUUCAUCCCACUGCUGCAUCCAAAAAAGAAAUAAACACACAGUGCCAGUUACUUUCUCUGUAGGUGUCUGUACACCCACUUCCCUAUUUUCAAUAUGCCACAGCCUUAUGUAUCUGGCUGGGCCUGUGUACAGUGCAGCGAUGGAGCUUAUCGGUUUCGUAUUACUUUUAGGACGGUCUCUGCCACAGACAUGAUAUGGUACAGCAGAUACUCCCAGCAGCCGUCUGCAGGAAGGACAGUGGAUACAGUCCUGCCUUCACCUGUAAUACCAUCCUUUAGAGGGAGUCCCAGGGGGAGUCGGAAAAUACACACACACACACAAUCGUCUGAAAAUAAAUUUGAACUUUUUUCUCUAAAUGCAGACCUUUCAGAAUAUGUGUACUUUUCUUUCCUCGCUAUUUGUAAAUAGACUUUGUGAAUCGGUUAGAGCAGCUCCUCUAACUCCUGCCAUAAUAUGGACAUUUUAAAUCAGGUAGGUAAUAAGCAAUACACCUAACUGAUCUGACACCAUACGUUGAAAUCUUACUCACCGAGAUUGAUGGUGACUCCUUUGCUUUAAGGGAUGUCGAGGGUAACACUCCUGUUUCUUAACCUCCUUUCUCAACUUGCCAUGGCCCACCUCUUCAACAAAGAGUGCUCUAACUUAAAACACACAAUUGUGAUGUGUACAAUCUAAUUUAAUGUAUUUAUUUAUGUAUUUUUGCCAACUUUGUAUAGUGUAUAAAUAUCUAUAAAUAUAUGAAAAAUGACAGUACUGUAUAGAUUUUAGCUGCCUGGUAAGGUUAAUAGUAUAUACUUGGUAGACUAAAAGAAAAAGCGUAGAGCUGUUCAAAAGCCAGUCAUUGAGAAAAUGCUUUAUGUAAAACCCGGUGCCACUGGCUCUUUUUAUAUUCUAGGUUUCGUUUCUGGUUUAUUUUUUUAUUAUUGCCAGUGGGAUCCAAAGUGUGUGUUGUUCUUCUUUAUGUCCGUUUCGUUUGUUAAUCGGUUCGUUUGUUGUGGGUUUUUUCUUGACAAGACACAGCGAGGUUCAGGCAGCCAGGAGAGUGCAUUGGAACGCAGACUGGGACCCUGUGCUGUAGUGUGUAUGUGUUUGUGUGUGUGCUUGUGCGUGCGUGUGGGUGUGUGUGUGUGGGUGUUAGGUGUGUGUCCGUCCAUGGUAGUGCUAGUGCUCUCUGUGCAGUGCCUCCCUCCUCCCUCCUCCUCCCUCCCCUCUGAUGUAGUUUGUCAUGUGACGCAGUGUGUGUUAAGGUGCAGGAUGACUGUGUUCGCUGAAGCUGGCAGAUGCCCUCUCUCUCUCUCUCUCUCUUUGUGUGUCUCCUCGUGUCCACUCUGCUUCUUCAUUACAACGCUUCAUUUUAAUCCUCCACUAAGUAUAGAUUUCUACUUCCACUGCUCGAUUGUUCAUUUACUCUCCCAUUCAGCUGGUAAUGCAUACACCACCAGAGUCUAAUUUCCCAGUAAUCCAUGCUUCCUCAUCUAUCUGCGAUUCUUUGUCCAUUAGCAGCUCUCACCCAUCACCCUCCACAUUACUUUAGAGCACCUUGUUUUUCCUACAGAGCUCUGUGGAUCAGAGAAUGAUUUAGCACAAAGAGCAGAUCAAUGCACCUCAUCCCUGGUCAUACUUUCAUGUUUUUUUUUUGCCUGUUACCGUUUACUUUUAGCCUGUUGUCUGUCCCAUCUCUGAGGAGAAGGGCAGCUGCUAGCUCAGCACGCAGAAACACAAAGCAGCCAUAUUCAGAUGUCAAGCACAGACCUGUGACUCAAAUCUAUGUUGUGGUGGCUUCACUGCCGCCUCAUUUGUAGCAAGAGCAAGAGAAUAGCCUUAAAGAUUGGACCAACUACACAAAGUAGUGGGAUUUGUACAUUUGUAGUGGACUAUUAUUACCUUCCCUUUCCCUCACCAGAUUUAAUUCUCUAGUAUUCCGAUGUGUUGCUUGGUUGCUCUGUACAUAUCUGUGUAGUACUUCUGUUGAUGUCCCUGUGCUAGGAUAGUAACGGGUUCUUGCUGGGUGGCCUCAGCAGACGUCCUCUCCCUCCUGCUUCGUCUCAUUUUCUAAAAAAAAAAAAA